CCUUAUCAAUUGCAGCUAUAAAUGAAUCAUGCAGCUCAGGUGGAACCUGGGGAGCCACCAGAGGGAAGCAAAGCCGAAGGCUGCUGCAAAGCCGAAGGCUGUAAAAGCGAAAAAGGAAAAGAAGGCUCCGGCUAAGACAAAAGCUGCUGCGCCAAAAGCUAAAGCCGCUGUGAAGCCCAAGCCAGCGGCAAAGGCCAAGCCAGCUGCGAAGCCAAAAGCUGCUGUGAAACCGAAGGCUGCCGUGAAGCUGAAAGCUGCAGUGAAGCUAAAGGCUGUGGCUAAGCCCAAACCAAAGCCGAAGGCGAAGGAUCCUAACAAGAGGCAAAUGAGCAUGGAGGAGAAGCAUAGAUUGAGUGUUGGGUUGCAGAGUUUGCCGCAGGAAAAGAUGCCACAGUUAGUGCAGAUUAUGAAGAAGAGGAAUUCACAUUGGCCUCAAGAGAGAGGAUUUAGGCAGUGAUGGGAAGGUGCUUGAG